GCACUUCUGACGUCACAAUAUAAUUUAUACAAAGUUUCAUGUUGGUAACACUUCACUGUUCAGUUGGUUUAAUUUUGAAAAUUGACCCCUUAAGUAUACAUUUAGUACGUAGUGUUAACGGAUUCAUCAUAUUUCACAUAAAGUUUACAAACUUUUGAGCAAGUACAUCGAAAUAUAUGGGAUAAAAGUCAUAAUAAUGGGAAAUUACAUUAAUAAAUAUUUCUUUCACGAUACUGAGACUGAAAAGGAGGAAACAAAAAUACAAUCUCCUUCCACAGAAGAAGAAAUUAUAGAAGAUAAUUUUCAUACCCCAGUAAUUCAAAAGACAUUAUCUAUUGAUCCUAGAUCAGUAACUAGUGGCAUUGAUAGAACACCAAUAGAGGUAAAUUCUACUCCUGUUGGAGUAAACAGAAAUAUGAUGUUUUCAAUUCCAAGGCAUUUACAAACUAAACCAUAUUUGGAAACAGAUCUAGAUAAACUUAUACUUUUAUCACCAAAAAAAUCUGCACCCAAAAUAGAAGAUGAAGAAUUACAAUAUUUGGACAUGGAAAACGAAUGUAAAAACAUGGAGUUAACACCAACAGUGAACACUUCAAUGAAUAAAAAGAAAGUUUCACCAAUAGAUGAUGAACGUUAUAAUAUUUUGGGACUUGAUCCUAGGUCACCGGCAGCAGAUUUCGAUAGAACUCCAAUGUUAAAGCCAAAGUCUAUGAACCUUUUAAAAGCAAGACUCCAAGAAAGUUUACAUAGACGUGGUAGCUACGACACAGACAUCUUGUAUCCAAGAUUUUCGUAUUGUGAAACUUUAUCAGAAUAUAAUAUCCCUGAAAUACAAGCCCUUCCUGAUUUAACUAUGUGCAAAGUAAAACCUUUACUUUUGGUUAAUGAAGAAGAUAGUGAUACAUUGAUUGAUUCUGACUCAUCAAGUCAUUCGGCUACAAAUGAAAUUGACUGUGGUGAAAAACAAGUGGAGAAUGAAAAUAAAGAUGAAAAUAAAACAAUUUCAAAACCAGAUAACUACAAUGAUAUAAACAUUAAAACAAACAUAAAACGUAAGGAAGUCCAUAUUACUGAUAGUGAUACAAUAAAAAUAUGGAGAGAUCCAUUAAUAUUGGAUGAUCCUACAGAAUCGCAUUCAACUGAAUUGCAAACUGUUGAAGACAAAAUAUCACAGUUGUCUAAACAAGAAGUUAUUAUAACAUUUGAUGAUGAUAGUAUUGUUAAAGAUACAUUAUCAAUGAAAUUAUCUAAAUGUGAAAUUAAUAAAAAAAGGGUAGAUGUAACUAAAAAGAAAAAGAAAGUUUUCAAGAUGGAGGAUAACAUUCUAGCAGAUGAAAAGAAAAUAUAUAAUUGUAAUAAGAAAAGUGGAAAUGAACCUACAAAGAUUCGAACUCCUCUUGGUAAUCGCUCAAACAAUGGACAAAUCCAAACAAAGUUAACAACAAAUUCUCCUCAACAAGCGAUUAGAAAUAAAGGCAUAAAGCCCAAAGUUUUGCAAGAGAAUAUGUCACCAUACAAAAAUUAUAUGGCAAAAUAUAAAUUGAAUGGUACAGAAUGGGAUCCAGACUCAACGGUUAUUAUUUAAUAAUUAAAAUUACGUAAAAUUACUAAUUUGUGAUAGGAAGAAUUCAAAUGAAAUUUUAUAUAGAAAUUUCUUAAUUUUGAGAAGUUUCUCAGAUUAUUGUAAAAAUGAAUAAUUAUAUCUUACGAAUAUAUGUAUAAAAUAAUAAAAAUGUAUUUAUUUCGAACAACAAUAAA